UUUUUUUUAUAAAAUUAGUUUUAAAAAUUAUUUAUCAUUAGGUAUUUUUGAAUUUUACAAACGAAAUAUUUUUAAUGAAGUUUUACAAAAUUUGUUUUGAUUUUUGACAUAUUUUUAUAUGUGGGAAGUACGCCCACACGAUACUAGUACCUUGAUAUUGAAUGGUUUUAGUUUACAUUUGAUAUCCUUUCUUACUUACUAAGGUUAAUUAUAUUCUUUUGUACACGUAAAAACAAUUUUUAAAAAUUCAAAAAAAAAUAAUACCGAAUUAUUGUUUAACCAAAACAGGUUUUAAAAUGAAGUUUAUAUUUUUGUCUACAAUUUCGUGUCUGUAAAUUGUUGUUUAAGGGGAAAUUUUCGACUAUAAUUAAGGAAAUAUGCUAGAAAUUCAAAAUAACUUAUUCUUAACGAUAAACCGCAACAUUAAAAAUUAUUUGCGUUUGACAUUGGUUGUUUGACAUUAACAAUCCUUCCCAUUGCCAAUUUAUAGACCAACACGUGUAUGAGAUACGCUUGAAAGAAAACGUGAUGAAGUCACAUUAACUAUAUAAUAUUGAAAAAAGAACAAGUUUAUUUUGCGAAAAACUUUUUAAGAAGCUUAUUCAAUUGUUGAAAGAUAAAUAUUGUCAAAAUAAAUAGUAAUCAGGAUCGGUUAUGUAAAAAAAGUUUUAUUUAUUUAAACUUAUGGAGUCCGACAACACAGAUGAAGAUCUGCACCUUAAUACUGAAGAAAGCCAUUUCUCUUUAAGAAUGGCUUUUUCUGUAGUAAAAUGGUUAAAGUUAAUUGGUAUAAAUUUAGUGGCAUUUGGCCUUGAUUUAUGCUCUAGUGCUGGCUUUAGUUAUGUUCCACCUCUCCUACUGAAAGCUGGAUUUACAGAAGAACUGAUGACCAUUAUUAUGGGCAUUGGUCCAUUCAUUUCAUUAUUUCUAGUCCCUGUAAUUGGUCACUGGAGCGAUAAAUGUGAGAGUAAAAUGGGUCGGCGACGUCCUUUCAUCCUAUUUUUAAGUUUAUUGAUGUUAGUAUCAUUAGCAGUAAUACCAUAUAGUAAUGAAAUAAAUAAUUUAUUUUCAUUUGGUAUGAAAGGUGCUAUGUUUGUUCUUGCAACAGGAAUAAUUCUUCUUGAUUUUACUAGCCAAGCAUUACAAAAUCCGUGCAAAGCCUUGAUCUCAGAUAUGCUUAUAUCAUCACGUGAUCAAGAAUUAGGUUUCACUGUUUAUUCUUGUAUGCUUUCACUUGGAGGAUGUAUAGGAUAUUUUAUAUCAUCAUUAAAUUGGGGAUCUACAAAUUUAGGACAACUCUUAGGAAGUCAAGAGAAAGUAGUUUUUGUAUCUUUAGCAGCACUUUUUGUUAUUUUUCUAGUUGUUAAUUUAUUCCUUGCUCAAGAGACUGUUUACCAUCCAAUUAAAGAAGAAAUACAAAUUGUUAUUAAUGGCUAUGAUAAAGUUCACUUAAGCAAUGGAAAUAAAAUUUCACAUUGUCAAAAUAAAAACACAGUUACUGCAAAUGGAAUUAAUAGUAAUAAGAAAACUGAAACUUUUCUCAAUGGUACACAUGUGCCUUUUAAAAAGCUAGCACAUUGUAAUGGAAUGAAAUUAUAUGCAAAGAAUAUGACUGUAGAGACUUUUCAAAAAAGCAAGUGUACAUUUUCUUUGUGCCUUUUAUCAUUGAAGAGAUUUAGCCACAGGACAAUAAGUGCACUAAAAAUUCCAAUAUCAUCAAUAUUAAGGUGUUUGAGUGCUCCUCUAAAUAGGAUUUUAUCCCCGUGGCUAAGGUUGCAUGGAUUUAUAUAUAUGCCACGCCGUCUUUUCCAUUUAUUUGUAGUAUCACUUUUUAGUUGGAUGGCAAUUAUGUGUCAUGACAUGUUUUAUACAGAUUUUGUUGGUCAGGUGAGAAAUACUUUUGUAUUCUUAAAGAAAAUUUUAAAUAUUUUUUAAUUUUAAUCAAAUCAAACAGCCAAACUGUGCUAGAUGUCAUGUACUGAAACAAAUUACAUUGUCAAAUUCCUAGCACAAAAACAGUUUGAAAAAUACAAUUUAUUUGGUUAUUUGAUUUGUUUGUAAAUUUGUUUAAUUUUAAUUUUUAUUUAAAAGCAAUAUACUCUAUUUUAUUAUUAACAGUUUCAGAUUAUGAAUCCAACUUCAGACAUAAAUCAAGGCAAAAAGUUGU